AAAUUUGAGGAAUACACUUUUUGCUAAGAAGAUAAGGAAAAAUGUGAAAGUUGCAGUCUUUAUGAAUUUAUUUUAAUUCAGUAACUAAACAUAGGAAAUCAUGAAUUUAUUUCAAAGUAAUUUUUUCAUAUUUUAGUUUGAAGGCAUUUUUCCUAGUUUCUAACAUAAUUUUAGUAUUAUUGUUAGAUAAUUACAGUCUUUAAAGCAAAGCAUUUGCUACUCUUAAGUAUACAUAUAUUGACUCUAAAAGUUAGUAUUUUAGAAGUAUAGUCAGGUAUAGUAGCGAACACCUUUAAUCCCAGCACUUGGGAGGCAGAGGCAGGCGAUUGAGGCCAGCCUAGUCUUCAUAGGGAAUUCUGGGCCAGCUGGGGUUACAGGGAGACCCUGUCUCAUAAACAACAACAACAACAAAAAAGUUUCCUGAUACUAGGGAGUUUUGUUAGUUAUUACCAUAAAUUUUAAAAUAAUUUGUCAAGGCAUCUUCUUUGGAACUGGAUACUUUUUGACAUCGCUGAUGUUGGUGAGGUGCCUUAUUUAUUAGUUGACUGGGUAUGGACUUCUUUUUAAAUUGAAGCUGAUUGUAUGAUCUAGUUUUUUUUUUCUUCUGUUUAUUUGAAUUUGAGUGGAGUCUUUUGGAGGGUUGUCAGAAUUGUUUGCAUCACAAGUAGGUAGCUUCAGUAGCAGGGUAGAGGCACUCAUUAUGGAACAAAUUUCAAUUCGCACAUAUUGUUUUUUUCUUUUUCUUUUUUUUGACUAAUUUGGUUAUUUGCCAUUUCUGGGGAUUAAACUUUAAAAAAUGUUCUUCUUUUCUGUAUCUGAUGUUCUGUGUGCUAUUAGUGAUGCAGCCAACACGAACGGUUGUCAUGUGUAACACAACUUUCGAUCACCGCGAAAACACCGUCCUGGGAAAGCGUCCAUGCUUGAUAUCGUUUGGUUCAUGAACAUUAAGUUUCCAGUACAGGUAAAAUUCCAGAGGAAGCCAAAGCCCUUUCUUUAUUGGCUCCUGCUCCAACCAUGACAAGUCUGGUACCUGGUGCAGGAUUGCUUCCCAUACCAACCUCAAGUCCGUUGACAACACUUGGUGUUUCACUUAGCAGCUUGGGAGCUAUACCAGCAGCAGCAUUAGACCCUAAUAUUACAACACUUGGAGAGAUCCCACAGCCACCACUUAUGGGAAACGUGGACCCUUCCAAAAUUGAUGAAAUUAGGAGAACAGUCUAUGUUGGAAAUUUGAAUUCCCAGACAACAACAGCUGAUCAACUACUUGAAUUUUUUAAACAAGUUGGAGAAGUGAAGUUUGUGCGGAUGGCAGGUGAUGAGACUCAGCCAACUCGGUUUGCUUUUGUGGAAUUUGCAGACCAAAAUUCUGUACCAAGGGCCCUUGCUUUUAAUGGAGUUAUGUUUGGAGACAGGCCACUGAAAAUAAAUCACUCCAACAAUGCAAUAGUAAAACCUCCUGAGAUGACACCUCAGGCUGCAGCUAAGGAGUUAGAAGAAGUCAUGAAGCGAGUGCGAGAAGCUCAGUCAUUUAUCUCAGCAGCCAUUGAACCAGAGUCUGGAAAGAGCAAUGAACGAAAAGGCGGUCGAUCUCGUUCCCACACUCGUUCAAAGUCCAGGUCUAGCUCAAAAUCCCAUUCUAGAAGAAAAAGAUCACAGUCAAAACACAGGAGUAGAUCCCAUAACAGGUCACGUUCAAGACAAAAAGAUAGACGAAGAUCUAAAAGCCCGCAUAAAAAACGCUCUAAAUCUAGGGAGAGGCGAAAGUCGAGGAGUCGUUCACAUUCACGGGACAAGAGAAAAGAUACCAGAGAAAAGGUCAAGGAAAAAGAAAGAGUGAAGGAGAGAGAGAGGGAGAAGGAACGUGACAAAGAGAAGGAACGGGGCAAAAACAAAGAGAAAGAGAGAGAGAAAGAGCGCGAGAAGGACAAAGAGAGAGAGAGAGAGCGGGAGAAAGAGCACGAAAAGGAGCAAGACAAAGAGAAGGAACGAGAAAAGGACAGACCCAAAGAGUUCGAUGAAAGAAGGAAAAAGGGGAAAAAGUCCAGAACGCCACCCAGAAGUUACAAUGCAUCAAGAAGAUCUCGUAGUGCCAGCAGGGAAAGGCGAAGGAGGAGGAGCAGGAGUUCUUCCAGAUCCCCAAGAUCAUCGAAAACCAUAAAAAGGAAAUCUUCUAGGUCUCCAUCCCCCAGGAGCCGAAAUAAGAAAGAUAAAAAGAGAGAAAAAGAAAGGGACCACAUCAGUGACAGAAGAGAGAGAGAACGUUCCACCUCCACAAAGAAGAGCUCUAAUGACAGAGAUGGGAAGGAGAAGGUAGAGAAGAACAGUACUUCAGUUAAAGAGAAGGAGCACAGUAAAGAACCCGAUUCGAGUGUGAGCAAAGAGGUAGAAGAUAAGGAUGCACCGAGGACUGAGGAGGAAAGCAAAGUACAGCAAAAUGGGAAUUGCCAACCAAAUGAAGAAAGUCUCGCUACCAAAACAGAAACAGUAUAGGACCAACUGGUGUACCUCUCCUUUCAACGCUGAAACAAAAUCCAAAGCUUUCUGUUCUCAACAAGAUGUCAACAGGGAAGAAACCUAAUUGAGACUAAAGUGGAUACGAACAGUUUUUCUGGUCGUUAGGUGACAUUGUGGGCAUCUUGUUACUGAGUGUGGACAUCCUGAAAAUACCAGAUGUUACCCAAACUCACCUUCUAAAGUCCAUGCAUUUCCAUGGUGGCUGACAGACUUGUCACGUGGUUUAUUAGUGUUUGCCAAGAAGCACUAUGGAUAAACUGAACAUCAGAGAUCCAGAAUUGAACUAUCCCUGAGGACUGGAGAUAAGCAUUGGAGGCUCUUAAAAAUUCUAGUUACUGAAUUUUGUAUUGUUUUACUUUUUUAAGAAAAAAUUCAAUAUAUACAGUUUGAUGAUGUGCUUGAAAUUUGUGCAGAUAUAUACACACUCUUGUAAAGUGCAAAGUAUGUAAGAAGUUUUAAUAUUUACUUCACAGGACUUACAGUGAUUGUGGUAAAUUCUCACUGUUGUGUUUUCUUCUGCUCACUGUUUCAGACAUCAGUUUUUCUUUAAAAUAGUUUCACAGAUUAAAAUUGCUUAAAUAAGUGGAUUAAAAAACCAACUGACAAUGCAUGCUACUGUUCUUUUUCAAAAGGAAGAGCAACUGUGUUGAAUACUAAUAACGUGUUAGUAUUCAGUGUUUAGAAUCAUUGGGUCUACCCACAAAAUAAGCAUUUGCUUUGAACCUUGUUGACGUUUCUAAGCUUAUGAAUAAUAUUGCAGUGUGUCUUGUCAGCUGUAGGUGGCAAAGAUGCCCUUAUAAAAAGGAAACUGAGUUUUCAAAAUGGGCUAUGGGAGCACAAGCUGAAGCUUUAGUGCCUUCUACAAUGUGGUAUACUGUUUUCUAGAAUUUUGUAUGUGUUAGUCAUUCUCAAUCCAUGUGGAAUCUAGAGGAUGUAUUCUAUUCACAUCCAUAGAGAAGCGUGGGAGUGGUAUGCCAGAAGCGCUUCUUAAUUCAGCAGGAAGUCCUGUUUCAGUGCAGUUUUGGGACCAUCAGUUUUAUACUGUGAUAAUUGGAGACAUGCUCUUCUUCAAAUCAAAGGAAACCUUUUAUUUAGUUGACUACAUUGGAUGGCCUUAAUUAUUACCUCCCAAACAUUUUCUCACACUGAUGUACAGAAAUUAUACUGAAAGGGAGGACUAGGAGCAUACGGGAGUGUGUUUUCAUGUUCAGCAAUAGCUUGAGUUUAAACUCUAGGUCAUCCAACAGUCUUAGGCUCAGCUGUUGGCGGAACGUAUGCAAGUAGUAAAGUGAGAGCACUGUUAAUGUUUUUCCCCCAAACUAAAUUCUAAGUAAUGAACUCUUCAUUAUUGUUAAUUUCCAAAAAGUUGUAGUUUUAAUUAGCAAAUGUUUUUUAAAAAUCAAGUAUAAUUAUUUUAAUGCAACCUAAUACAAUCAAAUUGCUCAGUUGCCUUACCUCAUGGGAAGAGUUACUUUCUACAGAUUUAAAAAACUGAGUAGCACUUUAGUUACUUGGUUUCAACUUGAGUUUUGUUUUAAUGUUAAUACUGUUGAAAGUUUAGAAUUUGGUGAAGAAUAGAAAGUCCUUUUUGCAGGUAAUGAAGCCUGGUUUGAUUAUGGAGCUGCUUAAUCAUCUUUGUGUGUUCAGAUUACUGUGUGUAUGUGUGUUUUCUUUUUGUCAUUAUGUACAUUAAAAUUUUGGAAAAUGCUUUACUAUGUAAAGUAUAGAUGGUCAUUUAAUCAUUUAGCCACAUACGGUUGGCUGGUAAACAGCUUAUUCUGAUGCAAGAAUGCUUGGGUACCUAUGGAAACUUUGUGAAGGAGUGUCUCGCUUCAACAGCUGUCUUAUUUAUGAUAUGAAAGUAGAAUCUUUGUUAUUUUUUAGUACCAUUUCUCUAAUAAAGCUCGGUAUUUUAGAGGAAAGAGUUUGUUUAUGCAUUUCAAAAUGUAUCUUAGCUUCAUUCCAUUCUUGUUUUGUUUGGCGUAGAGAUUGUUUUGACAUGGAGGAUGCAUGUUUGUGAUGGGAAUUAACAUUUAAUUUAAUUCCUAUUGCUGAUUUUUUUUUUCAUGCAGAUGACGUUUAUCUCAAUCUUAUUAGUGUUGAAAGGGUUUUAAAAUCUGAGAACAAGUGGGAAUAUAAGAGAAAAGAAAAUCCGAUGAUGUGCAAUUUGGCAUUUCCUCACACAGAUAGGGCUCUUCUGGCCCUAGAGGGGUUGAGUGUGAGUCAGAGGCAAAGGCAAACCAGAGGCGUGUUUGCUCUCUGGUAACUUAGAGUUGAUGCUGUUUUCGUUUACUUAGAGUUUAUUUACUGUUGUUCUAGUAAGCUGCUUUGCUUUUUCCCUUAAGAACAUUGCUUUUCAUUCAAGGUAGAUAAUGACAGGAAAACCUGAGGUAAGAUCAAGACAGAGCCGGUGGGAAUGUCUUUCUCGACUUUUUAGACAGAUUCUGACAGAUUCUUUUCCACGUGCACACUGAGCUGGUAACUUAAGGUGGUGGUCCUUCAUAACCACCAACCUGUUAAACUCAUGUUAAAACUUAACAGUCCUUAAGUUCUGCAAGUAUUGGCUUAGUUACUAUCUCCUUUCUGAUCUAGUUAACUUAGAUUCAAGAACAUUACUCAACCAUUAACUUUGUUAACCACCCCAUGUUUAGAAUCCUUUUUUUGAACAGAUGCAGUGUCUGUUAUGUGUCAGUCUUCAUGUUAGAGGCUUAAAUGUUGUUAUCAAUUAAAAAUAAAAACUUUACAAAUCAAGAUAGGUUGGGGGAGGCAAAGAAUUUUUUUGUGAUAUUAAUCAUUUUCAGAACUUGUCAUUCCUAUAUCUGUGUUAUCUUCAUUUUAAAAUUGAAAAUAUUAUCCACAUCUGUUCUUAAACCCAUGAGAUUAUUUGAAAUUAAGGAUAAUAAAGUUUAGUAAUAGGCUUUAAACAUAUUUUUAUUCUACAGUAUAUUAUAGAUACAGAGUAUGAUUUCAUUUGAUUGAAUUAGUAAUUAAAAUUGGUCAUUUUGGAGGGAUGUAUUGAGUAACAGCAUUUCAUUGAAUCAUUUCUGACAUUUUAAUUAAAAGAGUAUUGAGCUGAGUAGAUUGUGAACUUCAGCUAAAGGUAAAGACCUGUGUUCUUUAUGUGGUUAAAUAUGUCCCUAAAUAUUUUCUAAUGUUUACUUACUAAUAUGAUAGUCACUGGUUAUUUUCACAUUCUCAAAUUUAGUGCUCUUAAAAAGACUCAUAUUUCUGGAAGCAGAAUGUAAUAUAAGUGUAAUAGAAUAAUCUUUUAAAAUAAAACUGGCUUCCCUA